AUGUCAUCAAUAUUUCCAGCGGACGAUAGGACCGCACACCCUCUAUUUCGACGUUGCGUACAAUGUCCUUCGGAAGCUCCCGCCUGCCCUGCUUGCGCUGCGGACGAACAAUGUUCGUUAAGUGCUCAAUCAUGUAACUCCUGUGCCAGCACAACCUGCGUGAAAAGGGGUGUCCUGCCCGGACAGACUACCAAUGAACCCAAAAAGUCGACACCAGUUGGAGGCAUUGUGGGAGGCGCUAUUGGAGGGAUCCUCGCUCUUGCCAUUAUUUCCUACUUGGUCUGGCGGUUUUGCAUUCGGAAGAAGCAGGAGAGGCGCGUGGAGCUUUGGGAUCCCCCUGAAAAGAGAGACCAAUCCACUCUGCACCGUGGUGACCGUCGCUCAACCAGAUCUGCUCACUCGAUCGCGUCCACCGUUCUGACAAGGGCUUCGAACGUUAUUCAGAUUGCCUAUAUCCCGGGAGUCACAGUUCGCUCUCCACCGGAGUCUCCGGGUUUCGCUGUACCACCCGUCCCGGCAAUUCCUGGCGGUCACGGCCAAAAUUCUACUGGAUCGACACCUCAAUUAGAGCAGCAUUUCUUCAUGCCAGGAGAUCUCAGAGAUUCCACCUGGUCGGAUACCUCUUCGGUAGACCCCCGGAUAAGUCUGGCUCCAAGCUUGGCUCGCGCGAGUGUGGCCACAACUAUUUAUCGCAGUGAUGCGAUUGUCCCUCCCAUACCUGCUCAACAAGCUUUUAGAGCCCAGGCCAAUGUUGUGAGCGUCAAAUCAGGUCACAGCACCCCUGGUGCCUCCUCAAACUCCAGUUCCCGGACGCCGCAGAUCCCUCAAGUACCCAAGCUGGGUACCAGCAAUAGUUCGAUUGUGGCGAGAAAUGUUACGGCCCGGCCCAUCGAAGUGAAGAAGGUCAAUUCCGCCACGAGGGUUCCUACGCUCGGAAAUCUAGCGAAGGAAGCGGCCAGGAAAAGCAACCCGCCAACAUCCCCAGAGCAGAAGGAUGUGCCUGUUUAUGACGACGAGAAGGAAGUUGUUGUGACUUCGGCUCUCACCAGCCCUAGUACAGACUUUGAUGAAAAUCCAAUGUCGCCCAUCACGAUUCCUAAGCCAGCAUUUGCUGGUACAGAUGCCACAAGACCCUCUUCUUCCGGAACGGUUCAAGGAAACCAAAGUAGCAACGACAACAGCGUCAACGCACUGAUCGAAGACGCCCUCAACCGAGCGCGAGACCCUCUGGUCCGGCCGGAGAUGGUGAAGCAUGAUUCUGGGCCAUUCUCGGAUGCCAACGAGGUCAAGGAAAAUUUACUUUGA